GCGUAAGGGGCGGGACUUACGUUUGAACGUACAGCGGGGAAAUGAAGCGAUCGCUGUGUUUGUGUUAGCUAAUGAGCGAUUCUGUCAGUUUAACUCGGUCAAAAUGUCACAUUCUACACGAGGUUAGGAAUACAUGAUUUUAUUACGAAGAACUGCAUUGUAACGUAACGACUUUGCUUGGGUGAUCCUUGUGACAGCAACUAAAGAUGCCUAUCCGAGCGUAUUGCACAAUUUGCUCCGAUUUCUUCGAUCACUCCAGAGAUGUUGCUGCCAUCCACUGCGGACACACUUUCCACCAUGAAUGUCUUCUCCAGUGGUUUCAGACGGCUCCCACAAAAACCUGUCCACAGUGUAGAAAACAGGUCAGCACCAGACACAUCAUCAGCAAGCUGUACUUUGACAUCGGUGGAGAGGAGGAGGGCGCAGCAGACCCGGAAAGCUUGCAGAAUGAGGUUGAUCGAAUGAAGGUGCUUUUAAGCUCUAAAGAGCGAGACUGGCGGGACAAGCAGAAGGUGGUGGAUGGUUUGAAGGACACCGUGGACAAGCAGAGGAGAGACCUGGACAGUAUGCGGAAAGAGAUUAUGGAAAAGGAGAUGCUCUGUUCUGCCCUCAGAAAACAGAUGGGAUACCUGGAGACACAACAUAAUGAAGUUCAAGCUGCCAAGGAGGAGGCCCGGAGACUCAGGACCAAAAUGAAAACAUUUGAGAGCCUGGAUGUGUUGCUGCAGGGUCAGAGAGCAGAGGUGGAGUCCAUGAUCACAGAUAUGGGGAUCAGCCAGGCGGCAGUAGAGCAGCUCUCCAUCUACUGCAUCUCGCUUAAAAAAGAAUAUGACAAUCUAAAAGGAACCCUGAAGUCCUCGAAUGACAUGUGUGAGAAACUGAAGAGAGAACUGCUCGCCUCAAAUAAUAAGUUACACAAAGCCUCAGUGGAGCUAACUCAGACCAAAGAGGACAUGAAGUCUCUGCAGAAUGAUUUGGCCAAUGCUGAUAAAGAGAUCUCUAGCCUGAAGAAGAAAGUGGAGUUUCUUCAGAAAACUCUGAGCACCCCGACACGGACAAAUGAAGCCCUCAGUCGGCUUGUCUUUGAAAGCCCAGCCCCAGUGGAGCUCAAGCACCCUCGCCUACACCAGCCUGCAGGCAGUGACGACAUCGACCUCAACAUGACUUAUGACAUCACUACGCCAGAUGAUGUGGCCAAGAGACCGUCGAAGGUCCCAUCCAAAAAGAUGCGACUUGACCCUCCGGCGUCGUCUUCGUCCAAACACGAGAAAAGUUCUUGUCCAAGCAAGGCUCGAGAUGAGGAUGGAGCCAUAGAUCCUUUUUUGAGGAACUCCCUCCUCUUCAGAAAGAAGACUUUUGGCAGCAUGUUGGACCCUCAGAGGAAGCCUGGAGCCGUGAGAACUGGUUAUGAUGGUUUAGGAGGACGUACUAAAUUCAUCCAGCCUUCUCCUUUAGCUGAGAUUCGCCCACUGAUGAGAGCCAAAAGGAAAAAAGUAGCCAGGCCUCCACCGAAGAUUCCCACUUGCCUGACUUUGGACAGCUUCCUUGAGUAAACGCUGCCCUCUGUUUCCCUGGAUGGAGAGUCAAAGGUCUGGAUGUUGCAUGUGAAGUAGCAUGUUUGCGCUGCUCUGGCACAGGGAACCAGCCUGGUAGCGGUUCUGCCACUCAUCGCCAAACAGGACUUGUGAUUGAACUUUAUUUAAAAGCAGUAAGUGACCUCCCACUUGUCAACAUAUGCUGAGCUUUUAGUGGCAUCAGCCAACCCGCUGGACUUUUUUUUUUUUUUGUGUGUGAUGAAUUGAAUUUGUUGUAAUGUGGGCGUCUGUAUGUGUGUGAGGGACAAAUAGCAUAUUUUUUGGAACAUUCAAAUGUCAGUGCUCUGUAUUAUGUCACUGAGAAUCACUGCAGCUUCUAUUCUCUAAGCUCUGAAAAAUAAGUAGAUAUUUUUCACACUUAUUUAAAAACCGUCUCCCCAAAAACACUUAGUACACUUGUUUCACUAAGUAUUUUUAGUGUUAAUGGUCCUGUCAGAUGUAAAUCAGAUUGAAUAAUAAACAGUAUUUUUUUUUUAUUAAGGUUUGUGUGGGGUCUGAAAACAAUUCCCUCUUGAUUUUGCUCUUUUUCACAAACAUUUCACUGAGAUGUGCUCUCCUGCAGAGGGCAGUACAAACAGUGUUUUGUCACGCGAGGACAUGAAUCUCACAGCACCCUCAAACCAGAGAAAUGCACUGCCAACAGGCUGCUAAAUACAUUUGUAUUGAAAAGGCUGUGCCAGUACAGAAGGAAAUCUUCAAAAAAAAAAAAAAAAAAACCUUCAGUAAAACCUGAGUUGUAUCUUGUAAUCAAGUAACAGAAAGAUCUCUGCAAAUCAUAUACUGGCAAAUAAUAUUAGUUUUAGAAAUAAACUCAUGUUGACUUAGCAGAAGAGCCUGCAGUGAUAGAGGACCUUUUAUCAUGCCACAAAAUCCAUCAAAUACAACUAAUGACAUGAAAGUUCCCAUGCAUGAGUGUAACAGUAGCUUGGCCGUGAUUUUGGCAUGUUACCUUACAGAAUGGCCUUUGAGGAGAUGGUUUGAUAUUUUGACAAACAAUACGGGGAAAUGCCAAACAUUGUUUUCCACUGUGGAGUAAAAGUGCCAGGUGGAAUAUAAAUAUCCUUCUCACAGUCACUGGUUUCCUCUCUGCACGAACAAAAUUCACAUUUUCCACACUAAAACCAGCCUGUACCAUAAUGCCUGAAUACAUCACGCUAAUUUGAAUAAAAUAGUGUUGCAAUA